UGGAGGUGUGUGCUAGGGCAUCUGGCGCGGCGGGAGUAUGAACUUCUCGGAGCAAUGGCGGGAGCUCUGGCCCAUCGGUUCCAUCUUCUCCGCUCCCAAGCUCAUCCCAGCGCCAUCUCCCCAACUCUCUCCCGUCCUCUUCAACCCCUCCUCCUCUCCCAUCCCUCUCCUCUCCGAUCGAUCCCUCGCCGUCUCCACGCCGCCUUCGCCCUCCCCUUCCUCCCUUCUGGCCUACCUUCGCUGCUGUAGUUCCCCUUUCACUCUCCUUCUCUUCUUCCCCUGCGGUGAUAACUCCGACUCCAUUGCCUACGUCUCCGUCUCCUUCCGCGACCCCCGGAGACCACAGGUCGGUGAGCUCUUCUUCCAAACUGAUGGCUUCAAGCACCCCUUCCACCGGAUCUCCAGCAUCUCCGUCGUUCCCGUGUUACCGGACUUGGAUUGGUGUUGCCCGGAGGAUAAUUCUGAUGUAGCGGUUGAAGGGUUUUUGAUUGCCACUACUCUGUAUUCUGUCAACUGGUUUAGGAUCGAGAUUAGGGUUUUGGAGUCCGGAGCUGAGAGGCCGGUUUUGGUGCCGGUUGCGAAGCAAGGGUUCGGGAUCUCUGUGGUGCAUGCUUGUUGGAACCCGCAUUUUCAAGAGGAGAGCGCGGUGUUGCUGGAGAAUGGGGAUUUGUGCUGGUUCAAUCUGAAUACAAGGAGAGGAGGGAGGGUUAGGGUUAUGGUGGAUGAGGAGGACCCGGGGGAAUGGUUGGGGUGUGUGUACGGUGGGCAGCCAUGGAUUUUGAUUGUUGGGUGUUCGAAGGCUGUGGUUGUGGUAGAUUUGAGGGCGGAGAAGGGUACCAAAUCAAUGGUUUUGGCAAAGGCUGGAUUGGAGAGUUCAGUGGAUAAUCGGAUUCUCUCAUUUUGCAAGGCGGGAUUCAGUGAUUUCCAUGUGUCAUUGGUGACACAGAGAAGGUUGCUGCUUUUCGAUGUGAAGCAGCUAACCAUGGUUCCUUUGUUGAUGUGGAAUCAUUUCCUUGACCACCCUAGCCAUGUUUCAAUGUUCAGGUUAUCAGAGUUGGGGCCUUCGGAGGAGCAUCAAUGGGCAUUGGAGUCUGGUUUUGCGACAAUUGUAGGUUCAUUUAGGAAUGAUUCUUGUAGUCUUUUUUGUUAUGCGCUGAGUGAGAGUCAAGGGGUGAUUGGUAAUACUUCAUUCGAUGCUCGGGGGCUUCCUACAGGUCUCGCAUUGUCGGGUAAGCAAUGCGGUUCUGGUGAUGAGCUUUUCAAGGAGUUAUUGGCCAGUGAACAACUACCGGAUGGUAUGGAGUGGCAAGAGAUGAGGGACAGGGUUGCAGGAUUUUUUAUAUUGCCAUCUGAUAUAUUCAAGGUUGAAUCCAGAGAUGAUGGUGUUAGUGGCUUCAGCUUGAUCAGGCUCAUGACAUCGGGUAAACUUGAGAUGCAAAGGUACAAUGCUUCAUCUGAUUUAUCUAGUUACAGUUCUGCCAGGGGAAAUAAUGAUCCUGUGGAAAUUAUAGACUCCUCAUCUUGUUGUGAGAGCUCUGAAGGUAUUGAAGUGUCCACUAGGUAUAGUUUUCUCAAAUUACAGAAUUUCCAUUUAUGUUUGAAUGGUAACCUUUCAAAUACAUCAUCCAUGCAUGGACCUCAACCGAAUAAGAAAGUCCCUGAUCAGUUGGAUAUCAAAAAGGAUGUAAAUACUUGUAGUCAACCGGUUGCUUCUCAAGAGGCAGUAGAUGUUAUAACCAUUUGUACCAAUGAAACUGCAUUGAGCAAUCAAUUAACAUGCAAUGGAAAUAGUGACAACCCAAGGACAGUGAAAAAGGAGCCUUCCACUAUGGAUGACCAUUUUGAAUCUAGUAGAGAGGUUGGAUUGGAGAUACUUGAUAUGGGUUCAGAUCAGCUGGAAAUUGAGCUAGUUACUAAAGUUUUACAGCCGGAUGAGGAUAAAAUCUGUAAGUGCUUGAAAAGACAGCUGUCAAAAUGGCUGGAAGGUUCUGAGCCGCAUGAGGAUUUUAGUUCAUGGUUGAAGUAGCCAGUUUAUUGAUCACUUCAAGUCUGGUCUUAUAGUGGUAAAAUCUGAUUUUUGAAUGUUUUGUUUUUGUUAUUGGAAACGAAUUCACAUGUUCAACCUGAGCACGAAAUUAUUCGGGGAAGAAUGCUGCUGAAAUCAGUGCUAUUAUCAACAGGUGCGGGUUUUAGGCUGCAACCAAACUGCAACUGCUAGUUGUAGUGGCUGCAAUCAAACUGCAUUGGAUGGCUUAUGUUGCAUUUCAUUUUAUGAUGUCAUCUACGAGAGCAUUGAAGCACCUUAUUUCAAAUUAUUUGGGAAGAUAUCAUGCUGAAUGUUAGGAGGCUGCAAUGACUUUUAAACACUAUAGUAAAGAUCAAUGGAUUAUACAUAACCAACUCUCUUGUUCCCGCGCUCAGCCUCAACCUCAACCUCAACCUCAACCUCAACGCCAGUGAACAACAAAGGUGCUCAAAAUGAUGCUGUCCCUUGGCGCACAGUUGCCUGAUUAUUUACCAAUGCUAUUCUCCCACGCAUGAACAUCUUGUAACUGGCAUCAUUUCUUGAGAUCAGACUCAUCCGAUAGCACGUACGGUGAUGCCCAAAAAAUAAAAUCAUGUUCAUGAACAGUGUUUGACAAAUGUGUUGUAUUUUAUCAUCAAGAACUCAUUACAUGAAAAAUUAAUCAUUGUGAUACCAUCUUUGACAUUGUUUGCCUAGGUCAUGUACAGCAACAAACAGUUAUUGGAUGAAGUAUUUUGGAUGGC